AUGCGCGGCGUGGAGUUGCAGUUCAAGCUGGCGGCGCUGGUGGCGCUGCGCGCGCGGCGGCGCGGGGUGCGAGUGCGGCUGUGGGCGCGCGCGGGCUCCGCGCGGCCCUUCGACGACCUGGUGCUGCGCCUCGCCGCCCCCGCCCCCGCCGCCCCCGCCACGCUCUACGUGCAGCUGUGGCACGCCAAGGGGCAGCUCGCGGAGAAGGACUUUGUGGAGGAGGGCAAGAAGACAUAUCUCGGUAAAUACUUCACUUUUUUCCGGAAGCUUCGUACUCUAUUUGCUCAGAAAUCAACCCUGCCAGAAGGCAAUGAAGACAGUUGCAUUCUGGCCGAGGGCAGUCUCGAUAAUGUGCUGUGUGUUCUGUACACCACUAAGGACCUCCCAGCUGAACGCCCUCUACCACAAGCAUCAACUACGGGGGUUCUUGCUGAGUUAGAGAACCUUCUGAGGACAGACACACGGGGAGCUGAAGAUUGUGGCUUUUUCUUCACAGCAGAGGACACUCAGCUGUUUAAGGAGUGGUUGCAGGAUGAGAACAGCAAUUAUUGUAUCGAUGAGAACUUCCCUGAUGUAGAGUGGGUGUUGGCGCGAGAUGUUCGUAGACAGGCACGACAGGUGGCGGGAGAAGGUCUGAUUACUUUCAAGGACAGUUACUGUUUCACUCUGAAGGAGGCGCUGUGUGCGAAUCAUUUAAGGAUCAUUGUGCCUGGCAUUCCUGUCGGGUUGCGAGCUGCCAAGCUCUUACAAGUGUUGGAUUGUGACUUUCCAAGUCGUUGGCUGUAUGCUAAUCCACAACUCUUGAUACAGUUCCCAGCUUCAGUGUUUGUUGCUUUGUGCAAAAGGACGUGGGUUGAUAUCUUAGUGAUUGAUACAGACGAGGUGAAUCCAGGGCUCAAUGAGGUGAUAAGUGCAGUGCUGAGCAAGGUGAAAUUAGUGGAGGUGUGCUCUGUUGCGCAUAGCGAAGGAACCUCAUGCGUUCAGCAGCUCGAGGAGGAGUGGGAAAUGGAGCAUUUGGUGUGCAGGUCAGAGGAGAAAUUACUGGAUCGUCCAGUGCAUUAUCAGGGUUUGUACGUGCGUUUGGGUGACCUGGUGCCGAAAUGGGUCAAGAAUCCAGAUCCUCAGUUGUCACAGCUCAUUCCACAGACGAGCAUGCUGAUGCAUACUGAGGUUUUCAUAGCUUCUGCCACAUCAGCGCGAUUACAGCGAGUCAAGGGUGGAGCCAUGAUGCACGGUGUAGAGCUGGAAAUUAAACUUGCAGCACUAGUAGCACUGCGUGCACGCAGAGCACGUUUGCCCUUUGAGCUAUUUACCAAGGCAAUCAUUGCAAAACCCUUCAGCGACCUUGUGCUGCGAGUCAACGCGCAGCCAUCUCACGUGGGUGGUGCCACUGUCUUUGUGGAUCUCUUGCACUCCAAGGGACAACUUGAUGUAGAGGACUUUGUGGAGAAGGAAAAGAGAACCCACAUGGGCAAAUACUUUGACUUCUAUGAGCGUCUUCAAAAUCUUUUCUCAAGUGGCACAGGAUUGCCAGGUAUUGAGGAAGAUGACGGUGUCCUGUAUGAAAGCAGCAAGGGUGAGGUACUCCUUGUCCUCUACACCACCAAGGAAGGAUCCUCCCUGAAACCUCAACUCCAGCCUCUUAAGGACAGCAUACUGCCUGUUCUUGAGGACAUCUUCAAGACAAAUGGAGAACAGAGUGCCUUUUCUUUCACUCCUGAAGAUGAGCAGGUGUGGAACCUGUUUGAAGGAGAGAACUGUGAGAAAGUGAAAUCGUACAAACAUGAAUUCCUACCCCGUUUUCGAGUUUUAUGCAAUCAGUUGCAUGCAGAAAAUUUAGAUGGUCUGAUUGCAGAAGAAUUGAACGGUCUGUUUGGCUGUCAUUUGCCUAACGCUCGCUAUCACCAAAUGGAUUAUGUACAGCUGCUCCGCGAGUGGUCCCAGGACCCAGACAGCAACUACUGCCUCAGUGAGGAAUCUGGAGACUUGGAGUGGGUGUUGGCCCAAGACAUCCGAAGGCAUGCGCGCCUUGCUGCCGGGGAUGGAGCCGUUGUGUUUCGGGAAGAUGGCUGUGCAGAGCUCCGGAAGGCUCUUGAGCAGGGGCACCUGAGAGUCAUAGUUCCUGGCGUCCCUGAAGGGAUUCGAGCUGCAAAGCUCUUGCAACUCUUGGAUCAAGAGUUUGCAGAUCGCUGGCUAUACACAAGUGCAGAGUUGUUGACCCAGUUUCCAGCUCCAUUAUUGACUGCUUUGUGCAAAGCCCCUCAGGUUGAAGUCUUGGUAAUAGAUGCAAAUGAAGUGAGCCAAUCACUUGGUGAUGUGAUAAAUGCAGUGUUAGAUAUGGUGAAAUUGGUGAGAGUUUGCUCUGUAACCCAUAGUGAAGCAGCACCAAAAAUGGGGCAGCUAGUAGAGAUAUGGAGGUUGGAGCAUAUAAAGCGAAACGUUGAAGAUAAGGAGGAAAAGGAUAUAUUGGAUCGAACUGUGCUUUAUCAGGGCUCUCUUGUACAAUUGCGGGACUUAGUGCCCAUGUGGGCAGUACCACCCAGACCAGUAUUAAAAGAUGCAAGUCAUCAAACAUCGGCCAAAUCCACAGAGUUUUCCAACCCAUCUCAUGUGAAGAUGAUUUCAGAAAAUUCAUUUGCAGAUAAAGACAAGAGGUUUCAUCUGCCCCGUAUGCCUGGUACAGCAAACUCUUUUGGUCUGGAAUUUGAAUAUAAAAUUGCUGGUCUCCUGGCACUGAGGGCUCGAAGGAGUGGACUCAGAUUUCAAUUGUUUUUAAAUGUGGCAGCUGCAUUUCCAUUUGACGACAUUGUACUACGGAUCUAUGCACCACAACCUGCUCUGUACCUUGUGCAAAUCAAACACAUGGUAUCAAGAAGGCUGAUGACUUCCAGGGAUUUCACUAGGAAAGGUAACUUUAGUCUUGAAAAAUACUUCAGGUCCUUUGAGAAACUUCGCUAUCUCCAUCGGAAUAGAGAAAUUAACAUGAGAGAAGAUGACAGGUGGUUAAUAGAUGUGCCGCUGGAAAACAAUUGGUUUGUGUUGUUGACCACAGCUGGAGUCUCAGGUUUCAAACCAUCACAAGCUUUGUCUUCCAGGGAGCAAAUUCCUCAUGAAUACCUCUUUCUCACAAGUUGCGGAGGGGCAAACGACAUUAUCCGCUUUGGUCCCGAAGAUGUAGAGGUGUGGAACUUGUUUAAGGAUAAUGAAGAAUUGAAAAUUUACCAGGAUGGGUUUCUUUCUCAAUUAGUAUUAUUUGUUAAUCAGGUCACUUCUGACAAAGUGGACAGUCUCAUCUUACACGAAAUAAAAUUGCUUCUUUGCCCCAGGAACCCACGCCCCAGGCCCCAGGAAUCCACGUGCCAGAGUGUGUGUUUUAACUAUAUCAACUGGCUUAAGUCAUGGUCGGAGGGCAGUGCCGGUUUCUGUUUGACAGAGAGCAGCCAUGAAAUAGAAAAGGCAGUAGUCUACCACUUUCAAAAAUGGGCUAGAGCGAAAGAUCUCUGCCAUGUAUUUGCCUUCGAAAAUGCUUACUGUUCUCAUUUAGAUGCUGCUCUUGUGCAGAACAAAUCUAUAGAAUUGGUUGUGCUAGGUGUUCCACCAGGCAUUCGUGCUGCUAAACUUCUUGAGCGGUUGGACCAUGUUGUCUCCGAUGGUUGGAUGUAUGUGGAUGAUGAAGUAUGGAAGGAGCUGUCUGCAGACAUUUUGGUUAAAGUGGCUCUUGCCGUGAGAGUUGUUGUGCUGGACUUUCAGCAUGAAGCAGAAGCCCAAAAGUUGAUGCAGGCGGUUGGAGAUGCUGUGCAAGUGGUGAUGUUGUACUCGUCUCCAAAGGAUGGCAUUGAGUGUCAUAGAACAGGCAGCGUUCUUUGCAUAGAAGAGGAUUGGAAAUUGGAACACUUAACUAUGGAAGCUCAAGAAAAAUUGCUGGACUCCCACGUACUGUUCCAGGGGGACUCGGUGCCGCUGCGCGCCCUGGAGGCGGCGUGGCCGCGCGUGCGCCAGGAGGCGGACGGCGCGCUGCUGGGCGCGCUGGCGCGGGGCGACGCGGCGCUGGGCGCGGCGCUGCCGGGCCACGCGGAGGACGAGCGCCUGUACAUCCCGCGCGGCCUGCAGCACCCCAGCGCCCUCUGCGCGUCCGCGCUGCGCCUCGCGUCCGCCGCCGACCACCUGGCGCUGCAGGGCUUCGCUCCGCGCGCGCUGCGCCGCCUGCAGGACGCGCUCGGCUGGAGCGACGAGGAGGCGCGCCAACGGAUCUCUGACGUGCAGAAUACUCUAAUCUGUCGUCGAUGUGCUGGCUUGAAGGGGUUUCGGAAACCAGAAGAAUGA